CCGCUUCAACAGGACAUCCAGCAAAGUAGUAAUCCACAAUGAAGGUCGGAAAGCCCCAAUCGAAGCGUGUACCGGUACGCCUCCGACACAGUCGCGCAAAGGCGUCGGCGGCGAAGCAGCGGAAAGACAAGAAGAUUGCGAAGAAGGAUCCGACAUGGCGAUCCAAGUCGAAAAAAGACCCCGGAAUUCCCAACCUGUUCCCGUACAAGGAUAGGAUUCUUGCCGAAGUCGAGGAGCAGCGGAGGCAGAAGGAGGAGGAGAGUGCCCGUCGCCGAGAACUCGCGAAACAGCAGAGACUCAACGGCGGAGCUGCUGGAGAUGCUAUGCAGGACGACGCAGCGCUAGAUGUCGACAACGACCUCCUAGAUGACGACAGCGAGAUGGACGAUUCCAUGCAGGUGGACGAAUCUAACCCUAUGGCCGCUUUGCUUGCGUCUGCAAAAGCACGCGCCGCCGCGUUUGAUCAGAAGAACGGCCAAGACGAAGACGCUAUGGACGACGACGAAAGUGAGGACGACUUCACACGAUUCGACGCAGAGGACGACGAGGGCGCAGUCAACGUCCGUAAGGAUUCGUCUAGGAAGCAGUUCGACAAAGUGUACAAGCAAGUUGUCGAUUCUGCCGACGUCGUUCUGUACGUCCUCGAUGCAAGAGAUCCAGAGGGGACACGAUCGAAGGAGGUGGAGCAGAUGGUCAUGGCAGCCGACAGAGGAAGCAAGCGCAUGAUCUUCAUUCUGAACAAGAUCGAUCUCGUGCCGCCACCGGUUCUCCGGUCAUGGCUUAUUCACCUCCGCCGCUCGUUCCCAACCCUGCCACUGCGCGCCUCGAAACCCGCACCAAACGCGAAGACUUUUGAGCACAAGGAUCUCACGAUGAAGGGCACCUCUGAGACUCUGUUUAAGGCUCUCAAAACUUUCGCCGAGUCCCGACAACUCAAGCGCUCAGUCAAGGUUGGAAUCAUCGGCUAUCCUAACGUCGGCAAGUCAUCUGUUAUCAACGCCUUGUCGUCGAGGAUGGGUGGGAGGACCGCCGCCUGCCCAGUAGGCGCGGAAGCUGGUGUCACCACGAGCUUACGCGAAGUCAAACUGGACAACAAGCUGAAGCUCCUUGACUCCCCGGGUAUCGUCUUCCCGAACACCUCAGAGGGGUCGAAGGAGAACAAGGUUCAACAACAAGCUCGACAGAUCUUGUUGAAUGCCAUCCCGCCAAAAGAUGUGGACGACCCUGUGCCAGCUGUAAACCUACUUUUGAAGAGGCUUUCUUCAUCGGAGGAUCUGUUCGCAAAGCUCAUGGCUGUCUACGAUUUGACCGCGUUACACACUGUUGCCGGAGACAAGACGACAGAUUUCUUGGUUCAGGUUGCGAGGAAGAGAGGCCGGUUGGGCAGGGGAGGCAUUCCCAACCUUCACAGUGCGGCGCAGACGGUCAUCAACGACUGGAGAGAUGGACGAAUCCAAGGAUGGGCAACUCCUCCAAAGCACAACCCUGCCGCAACUUCGACCACAAAGACCGCCCCAGCUUCAAAAGGCCUUGUGGGCGACCAGAAGGAGAUUGUCAAGGAGUGGGCUGCGGAGUUCAAGCUUGAAGGUCUUUGGGGAGACGACACGAACGACAAUGAUGCAAUGGAAGCGUGAACAUGGCUACUACUGAUGAUAGUCUUUGAUAUAGGCGAUUCGGCGUUCAAAACUGGGCUUUGGGGCAUUCG